AUGGCGGCAGCCCCGACGAUCUCCAAGGCCGAGGUCCUGAAGCGCUACUUGUCCUGGGCCGAUGCUGGCGGCCCCGCGGGUUCUGAGUUCAUUCUCAAGUGUCGCAAAAAGCGGCCUAAGCCUGGCGGUGCCGGCGGCAAGGGAAUGCGGAUUGUGGAUGAUGAUGUGAGCUGGACAUCUAUCUCCACCACUAAACCCGAAAAGGAAGAAGAGGAAGAUGAUGGAGAUUGGCCUGUGGUGGCUGAGUUUGUGGAUGAGAGGCCAGAAGAGGCAAAGCAGAUGGAAACCUUUCGUUCCAGUGCCAAAUGGAAGCUUCUGGGAGGCCACAGUGAGGAUCUACCUUCACACAGGCAUUCCUGCCAUGACUCCCCGGACCCUUCUCCGCCCAGGAGGGUCCGCCAUGACUCCCCAGAUCCUUCUCCACCUGGGAGGGUCCGCCAUGACUCCCCGGAUCCUUCUCCACAUAGGAGGGUCCGCCAUGACUCCCCAGAUCCUUCUCCGCCUAGGAGGGUCUUCCAUGACUCCCUGGACCCUUCUCUGCCUAGGAGAGCCCAUCAUGAUUCACCGGAUCCCUCUCUGCUCAGGAAGCAUUAUCGUCCUCCAGGUGUAUCUCCUCGGAGGGCGCAUCACAGUUCCUCAGAUAUUUCUCCUCAGAGAAAGGCCCGUCAUGACACCUCUCAACCUAGAAGGACUCUUGAAUCCUUGGACACAUCAAAGCUCAGGAGGGCCCGUCAUGACUCCCCUGAUUCGCCUCCUAAUGUUCCUCAUUCACUGCACAGAACCAAAAGCAGUAAAGCCCCAGAAAGAGCCUCUAGCAAACCUUCUCCACAUUGGAAGGGGCCAGGAACCGCUCAUCCCUCAGUCCCAAAGAACAGCAAGUAUGAAUGUGACUCGGACCUCUCUCCACCACGAAAAAGGCAAGCAACAUUUCAUUAUGGAAAUAAACAGCGUGAUUCUAAAGGAGACAGUCGGAAAGCCUCUGAUUCAGACCUUUCUCCUCCGCGGAAGAAACCAAGUUCAAGGCCCCAGGGUUCUGGUUCAGAUCUGUCACCUCCAGGAAAUAGACCUGGGCGCCACAGCUCUGAUGCUGACCUCUCUCCACCAAGGAGGAAACAGAGGGCCGAAUCCUCUGAUUCUGACCUGUCUCCACCUCGAAGGACUCAGCCUCUGGGGAAGAAGGCUGCACACAUGUAUUCUGGGGCUAAAACUGGGUUGGUGUUAACUGACACACAGCGAGAGCAGCAGGAACUCCAGGAACGGGAUCAAGAAACCAUGGCAUUUGAAGCUGAAUUCCAAUAUGCUGAAACCGUAUUUCGAGAUAAGUCUGGUCGUAAGAGGAAUUUGAAACUGGAACGUUUCGAGCAAAGGCGAAGAGCAGAGAAGGACUCAAAGAGAGAUGAGCUGUAUGCCCAGUGGGGAAAAGGGCUUGUCCAGAGCCGGCAGCAGCAACAAAAUGUGGAGGAUGCAAUAAAGGAAAUGCAGAAGCCUCUGGCCCGCUAUAUUGAGGAUGAAGAUCUGGAUCGGAUGCUGAGAGAACAAGUAAGGGAGGGGGACCCCAUGGCCAACUUUAUCAAGAAGAAUAAGGCCAAGGAGAACAAGGAUAAGAAAGUGAGACCUCGCUACAGUGGCCCAGCACCUCCUCCCAACAGAUUCAAUAUCUGGCCUGGGUAUCGUUGGGAUGGAGUGGACAGAUCCAAUGGAUUUGAACAGAAGCGCUUUGCCCGGCUUGCCAGCAAGAAGGCGGUGGAGGAACUUGCCUACAAGUGGAGUGUCGAAGAUAUGUAACUUUUCUGAGGCUGUGGGGGUUCCUGGAGUUUGUGGUACUGGACACAGACCAGCCAGAUGUCUAGCUGUAAAAGCUAUCGAUGCUAAUAAUCAGGGCCCCCACGCACCAGCAACUCUUUGAAUGCUAGUUUUGAACCACUAGAGAAGAAUUUCACCGUUUGGAAAAAAGAAUAUUUGAAACCUGAUGUUUGGACUGAGGCACCUGUGAUUUCUCAGGUGUGCCUGCACUGGCGGUUGUUGCUGGCUUUCAGAAGAAACGUUGAUUUCUAGUGU